UCAAAUUUAGGCAGAUACAGGUAUAGACCAAAACGAUGAGUUCAUUCAAAUUGCAUGUAUUCAAUUAACAGUGUUUUUAAUAAGGUAAAAAGAAAGAAAGUUCAGUUUAACAGUUCAACUGCACAUGUUCUACUCAUGAUCGUUUAUUGCACUCACACAUGCAUGCAUUCAUUACACCCUAGCUAUAAAUACUGUAUUUAAGCCCUUCACUUAUCAUGACAUUAAUCCCAUUCAAUUGGUAAUUAAACCAACGAUGGAUAAUAAUUCAAAGAUGAUGCUAUUCCUUUUUCUGGGAGCACUUCUCUGCGCCUCUGCUAAUGCACGUGAGAAGGUGAUGCCUGGAAGAGUCGGUGAUGAGAAGACAUUCUUUCGUCGACCAUUUUAUGGUGGAUUUGGGGGUGGGGGUGGCGGUGUAGGUUCUGGGUAUGGAAAGGGUGGAUUUGGGGGUUUAGGAUCUGGUGGUGGACUUGGGGGUGGUUCUGGAAUGGGAUCUGGUGGUGGGUAUGGUGGAUAUGGUGGUGUUGGUGGUGGUGGUGGUGGAGGAGGAAUGGGAUCUGGGGGAGAAAUUGGUGACAUGGGAUCAGGCGGCGGCGGCGGCGGCGGCGGUGGGGGACAAGGCAAUGGAUAUGGACAAUUUGGUGGAGGGGGAACGGGAGGAGGAGGUGGUGGUGGUGGUGGUGCCGGUGCCGGAGGAUUUGGCGGUGGAGCUGGUGGUGGGUUUGGAGGCGGCCGACUUCCUUGAAAUUAAAUUGCUAUGUUUAUUUAAUAAGACAAAUUAAGGAUGACUAGCUUAGCUAGUUUUUGUAUGUCUUUCAAAAUAUAUCCUUUUCAAA